CCCGUCCUUCCUCCCUGCGCACCCUGCCGUCUCUCCUGGUCCCUGCCGCCACAGCCUCCCCGAGCGGCCGGGUGGGCGCGGCGGGCCCGGCUGGCCGGAGCGGCGGCGGGACGGGACGGGACGGGCGUUCCAUCCAGAGGACACAGUGAGGACGUGCCACCUGCCUGGUACUGCUGGCCAUGACCCCGCUGCUGUGACUCCAGCUCUCUGUCCAUCUUGCAUAUCCUGGGGGCCUCUUCAGCAGGAGAAGGAGCCAUUCGGGUGGUGGCUUGCCCUGCAGGCUGGUGUGGGAGAGGUCCCUUCACAAACAACCCACACUGACCUGCCCUCACCCCUCUGUGGCUGCUUCCCCCUGCCUGGGGGGUCCCAGCACCCCUGUCUGCCCUUGGGGCAAGGGGGAGAGUGCACUGAGUGAGGCCCAGCAGGUUUUGGGCUGAGCAAACGCCAUGUCAGCAUUGUCUUCCCCACAGCAAGCCGGUGAGCACAGCACGGGGGAGACCAGGGGUUGACAUGGCCAGCGUCAUCCUGGAGAGCAUCUUCUUGAAGCGCUCGCAGCAGAAGAAGAAAACAUCUCCCCUCAACUUCAAGAAGCGCCUUUUCCUGCUGACAGAGAGCAAGCUGUCCUACUACGAGUAUGACUUUGAGCGGGGGCGCCGGGGCAGUAAGAAGGGCUCUGUGGACAUUGAGAAGAUCACCUGUGUGGAGACAGUGGCACCUGAAAACAACCCUCCCCCUGAGCGACAGGUCCCGAGGAAAGGGGAGGAUUACAACAACAUGGAGCAGAUCUCAAUCAUCGAACGGUUCCCCUACCCUUUCCAGGUGGUCUAUGACGAGGGGCCCCUCUACAUCUUCUCCCCGACGGAGGAGCUGCGCAAGCGCUGGAUCCAUCAGCUGAAGAGCGUGAUUCGGUACAACAGUGACCUGGUCCAGAAGUACCACCCCUGCUUCUGGAUCGACGGCCAGUACCUGUGCUGCUCCCAGACAGCCAAGAACGCCAUGGGCUGCCAGAUUCUGGAGAGCAGGAAUGGCAGUUUAAAAGUCGGGCGGUCGCAUCGCAAGACAAAGAAGCCCCUUCCCCCAACUCCUGAGGAGGACCAGAUGGUGAUGAAGCCUCUGCCUCCCGAGCCAGCCCCCAGCACAGCAGGGGAGAUGAAGAAGGUGGUGGCCCUCUACAACUAUGAGCCAAUGAAUGCCCAGGACCUGCAGCUGCACAAGGGCGAGGAGUACUUCAUCCUGGAGGAGAGCCACCUGCCCUGGUGGAAAGCCCUUGACAAGAACGGGAGGGAAGGAUACAUCCCCAGCAACUACGUCACUGAAACCAGAAAUUCCCUGGAGAUCUUUGAGUGGUACUCAAAGAAUAUCACUCGGAGCCAAGCAGAGCAACUGCUGAAACAGGAGGGUAAGGAAGGGGGCUUCAUUGUUCGAGAUUCCACCAGCAAGACUGGGAAAUACACUGUCUCCGUCUAUGCCAAGUCCUCUGUAGACCCCCAAGGCACGAUCCGCCACUAUGUCGUCUGCUGCACCCCCCAGAAUCAGUAUUACCUGGCAGAAAAACACCUCUUCAACAGCAUCCCAGAGCUCAUCACCUACCACCAGCACAACUCUGCAGGGCUCAUAUCCAGACUCAAGUACCCUGUGUCUCAGCACAAGAAAAAUGCUCCUUCCACAGCUGGCCUUGGUUAUGGCUCCUGGGAGAUUGACCCCAAGGAUCUGACCUUCCUGAAGGAACUGGGCACAGGGCAGUUUGGCGUUGUGAAGUACGGGAAAUGGAGAGGCCAGUACAACGUUGCCAUCAAGAUGAUCAGGGAGGGCUCCAUGUCAGAGGACGAGUUUAUUGACGAAGCCAAAGUCAUGAUGAACCUGUCUCACGAGAAGCUGGUGCAGCUCUAUGGGGUCUGCACUAAGCAGCGUCCCAUCUUCAUCAUCACCGAGUACAUGGCCAAUGGCUGCCUCCUGAACUUCCUGAGGGAAACACGGCAGCGCUUCCAGCCUGCCCAGCUGCUGGAGAUGUGCAAGGAUGUCUGUGAAGCUAUGGAGUACCUGGAAUCUAAGCAGUUCCUGCACAGAGACCUGGCUGCUCGAAACUGUCUGGUGAAUGACCAAGGAAUUGUGAAAGUGUCAGAUUUUGGUCUUUCCAGGUAUGUGCUAGAUGAUGAGUACACAAGCUCCAUGGGGUCCAAGUUUCCAGUGCGGUGGUCUCCUCCUGAAGUGCUGCUGUACAGCAAGUUCAGCAGCAAGUCUGACGUCUGGUCCUUUGGCGUCCUGAUGUGGGAAGUUUACUCCCUGGGAAAGAUGCCUUAUGAGAGGUUUAACAACAGUGAGACAACCGAGCACGUCAUCCAAGGCCUGCGCCUGUACCGGCCGCAGGCGGCCUCAGAGCGGGUCUAUGCCAUCAUGUACAGCUGCUGGCACGAGAAGCCUGAAGAGCGCCCCACCUUCACCGUGCUGCUGAGCAGCAUCCUGGACAUGGCUGACGAGGAGUGCUGACCACAGGCACUGCCCGCUGACCCUGCCCAGCUCUGCCACUGCCCAGCGGGACACACCCGCACACCAGCUGGCACAGUCCUCAUGGACACGGCACGGGCGUGCAGGAGCCUGGGGGACCCCCACGGCUGCACCCACAGCUCCAUCACAUGCUCAGAGCUUCAUCACAUCCCUGGAGCUCCAUCACACGCUCAGAGCUCCAUCACCACCCCAGAACUCCAUCAGUGCCUUAGAGCUCCACCGUGUGCUCAGAAGUCCAUCACCACCUUAGAACUCCACCGCGUGCUCAGAAGUCCAUCACCACCUUAGAACUCCAUCACAUCUCCAGAACUCCAUCAGUGCCUUGGAGCUCCAUCACGUGCUCAGAGCUCCAUCACCACCCUAGAACUCCAUCACAUCCCCAGAACUCCAUCAGCGCCUUGGAGCUCCAUGACGUGCUCUGAGCUCCAUCACACCCCUGGAGCUCCAUCACCUGGAGCUCCAUCACCUGGAGCUCCAUCACCACCCUAGAACUCCAUCACAUCCCCAGAACUCCAUCAGCGCCUUGGAGCUCCAUCACCGCCCCGGAGCUCCAUCGCGUCCCCGGAGCCCCAUCACACCCCGCUCCGCUCCGGUCCCGGACAAUAAAACGGUUCCAUGGCC